CUGGGCUUCAGUGUUCCUCUCUUCGCGCACCGGGUUUUUAAAGGGACGUACCGUUUAUCAUGUCUGCGAAGGAAAGACUCAAAGGCAAGAUGACCAAAGACAGCGUUACCUUGCUGCCCUGCUUUUAUUUCGUGGAGCUCCCGAUUUUGGUGUCCUCUGUGGUCAGCUUAUACUUCUUGGAGUUGACAGAUAUUUUUAAGCCAGUGCGUUCGGGCUACAGCUGCAAUGACCGGAGUCUCAGCAUGCCUUACAUUGAGCCCACAAAGGAGGUCAUCCCCUUCCUCAUGCUCUUCAGUCUGGCUUUCGCCGGGCCAGCGGUGACGAUUAUGAUUGGGGAAGGGAUCCUGUACUGCAGCUUGGCCAGAAGAAACAUUGCCAUCAAAACAGAGGCUAACAUAAACGCCGCUGGCUGCAAUUUCAACUCUUACAUCCGAAGAGCUGUGAGGUUUGUGGGAGUCCAUGUGUUUGGCCUGUGCAUCACAGCACUCAUCACAGAUAUUAUCCAGCUGGCCACAGGAUACCAUGCCCCCUACUUCCUCACUGUGUGCAAGCCCAACUACACCAGCCUCAACAAUUCGUGUGAUGAGAACUCUUUCAUUGUGGAUGACAUCUGCUCUGGGCCUGAUCCAGCAGCAAUCAAUGCUGGCAGGAAGUCCUUCCCAUCUCAGCACGCCACUCUGGCAGCUUUUGCGGCUGUGUACAUCUCCAUGUACUUUAAUGCCACUCUGACUGACUCAUCCAAGCUCCUGAAGCCACUCCUGGUGUUUUCCUUUAUCAUUUGUGGCAUUAUCUGUGGCCUGACUCGCAUCAUUCAGUUCAAGAACCAUGCUGUGGAUGUCUACUCUGGCUUUCUCAUUGGAGGGGGCUUAGCCAUCUACCUGGGUCUGUAUGCAGUCGGAAACUUUAAACCUAGUGAAGACACAUCUCUGAAGACACAUGUACAUCCUCCUCUCCGACAACCACAGCCACCGCAACCUCCACCACAGCCCCAGCCAGUGGUGCCUCCACCUGCCAUGCGGGAGCCUCUGAGACCUUUACCAAACCUGAACACAGAUCCACCACGCUUACUUCCACCUAAGAGCCUAAGCAUGCGCGAGCGUCCCACCUCAGCUCGCUCCGAGAGUAUCCUCCUACGUGGCCCAUCCCACAGAGAGAACAUGUCCCGUUUGAAAAGGGCAAGCACAGAGGUAGAGUGCAUUACGCCUCCCAGUCCCCUCUGCCAGGAGAGUUUUGUGACAUUCAGUAACACCUUGCCCCGGGUGCACUCAACUGGAAUUGAAGAACCAGUGCCUCGUCGCCAUGCUGCUAUCCAUGCCUCCAUGGACUCCACACGUUCCAAGCAGCUGCUGUCACAAUGGAAGACAAAGAAUGAGAACCGCAAGCUGUCUCUUCAGGUGAUGGAGGCUGAGGCUGGACAACUGUCUCCCCAGCGAAACAUGGAGCUCCGCUGCAGCUCUGAACCCUCAGCCAUGGGCUUAGAUGGUGAGCUCCGCGGUGGACCUCCUGGACAGUACAUGAAGCUAGCCGCUAGUGCUGUGCCAUUAGCCAAUCAUAAUAGCUCUGGUGGCCUAACUGGUGGCGCUAGGGUAUCAAUCCAGUCAAGACCAGGAUCGUCCCAACUGGUGCACAUCCCUGAGGAGACCCAAGAGAACGUGAGCUCCUCGCCUCAGGAGGAUGGUGGGGAGGUGAAUGAUGGUGGGGGAGGGGGAGGGACUGCACGCAAAAAGUCCUUCUAUACGUGA